AGCGACCUCCGCGCUCAACCUGAGCAGCAGUCGCCGGAUCAAGCCAUCCCGGUUGAUGAUAUCGCGACGUGUCUUGGGAUUGCAUAAACAAUCAAAUCAUCCGACGGCCACCGAGUUGCCAUUGCCAGCUCUGCCUGGCCGCGAGGCCGCCCGUAUCGGUGUGCCUAGGUAUGCAGUGUAUUUCGCAUAUGGCCGCGUCUGAUUUGGCCUCUUCCUUCAUUCCAUCCGUCCGCGCGCGGUACGGCGACUCCCGCAUCUGAAACAGUUGAGCCCGCCUCCGCUGCCGUGUGCUGCACUGAGCAGUGAGCCAGUUCCCUGUCCGCCCACAGACAAUUGAGCGUUUACACCAAAGCUCCAGGGGUGGCACAGGUAUUCAUUCCCCACCUCGCCGAGAUGCCCGACCUCAAUAGCGUCCCGCCAUCGCCCCGGGCCCUGGCUGCCACCCGCCAGCAGCCGCCCUUGUAUAACGCCAUGGCUCCGCCGCCCGCCCCGAUACCAUCCGCCCCGAGCAUUCUCCCGUCGAACCAGCCAACCGCCAACACGAUGGCUUCUUCUUCCCCUGCCCUCACCUCGCCCAGCCUUCCGCCAGCGGCUGCCGUUGCUGGCCAAGACAACACGGGCGUCGGGCCUGGACCAGGACCGCUUCGACAUCCUCGGCCGCUCACCGCCGCAGAGCUUCAUAUGCAGUUGGAAAAAGAGCAGGAGGCUGUGGUCAACCGCCUCACGCGAGAGCUGUCGCUCCUGCGCGCUGCCCAGAACGCCUCGGUUGUUUCCAACACAUCAUCUACAUCUGCCAGCGGAGCCGACGGGACCCCUGGGCCGGACCUCAUAUCGGGCGCGGGUUUCUCGAUUCCCUCCUCGACCGGUCGUCAACACAACCGCACAUCUUCGAGCGCGAGUGCCCGGAGCCAGGCCGCCCUGAUGAGCACAUCGUUUGGCGCCAGCUCUAUGGUCGGCGCUGCCUCGGGCCCGCUGCCAGCUCAGGCGGGCCGCCCAUACGGAGGUAGCCUGAGCAGGCAGAACAGCACCGCCUCCCGCCGGAGUCGCGCCAGCUCCCCCAUCCAUGCCACGCACGCCGCCGCACAACCUCAACCGCACCACCCACACUACCCACCCCACCACAACCACCACAACCACCACCAACAUAGCCCGGCGGACCCACUCCCAGGGGCCGGAUACUUCCACCGUGCUCAGCCAGGGUCAGGGCCAACUCCCUCGGAGUUGUCCCCCGGGCUGAUGCCAGCAACUAGUCGGUACGAGGAGGUGGCCUUCUACCGCUCCGAACUAGACUCGGCCAAGCGAGAGAACGACAUCCUCCGCCGCCGUAUACGUGAGCUAGAGCGCGCUGUCCGCGACCGCAGAGCAAGCGAUGCCAGCCGCGCCCGAUCUGAAAGCGCCUCGACGAGCGCUAGCGUGGCAGUAAGCGCUGCGGGCGCUGGAGCAGCCGGGGCCGGUGCAAGCGGCGGCGUGGCGAUUGCGGGCCGGCGGGAAGGCGCCGGACGUGAGGGGGUGGCCAGCUCGUUCAGUAUCGCCGGUAGCGUCGGAGUCGGCGUUCCUGAGGACGAGGUGUGCGUCGGUGAAAGCGCCGCCAGUGCCGGGCUGAGGGCACAGCCCGCCUCUUGAACAUACAAGGGAGCUACUUUGUUGGCUAGCUGGAUACAGAGUGUGGAACGACUCCCGGGACGGUUGGCGACCAGAUGCGGUGGCACACCACCCUGGUUUCACGAUGGCUCCUGGGGCUGUCUUCUCUCUAAAUCCGAUUGCCGCCGGAUUUACUAUCUUGCACAGGCUGUUUUUGUCUCUAUCUCAUCUUCUUAUUCUUUGCCUUCGUGAUGUUACUUUUAGAAGCCUACAGGUGUUCAAAAUUAGCGGAUAUUUCGCUCCUGGUUGACUCUGGUAUUUUCUCCUUCCUUUGCCUGCUGAUCCGCUGUCAUCCAGCCGUGUCAUAGGAUAUCUCUCUAAAGAGCUAGUGUUUGCGGUGAAUCAAGAGGCAUGCUUUACGAGCUUGGCCUGGGGAGGCGUGGCAACGGCUAAUACAAUACAACUGUUCUUUACAAGUUCCACCCGGUUUAUGUGUUUGUAGGAUUGUUUGGACUGCCGUAAAAGGGACAUAAAGGCACACGAUAGUUACAUUCAAGCCAUGUGCCGAAUCUCCC